AUGAACGAUUGUGAAAUAAAUAUUAGUCCUCAAUCGAUACAACAGCAAUGUCAGUAUUUUGUUGUUAGAAAGAAACGACGGUGUCGUAUGACCGUGCGUCCAGGCCGAAUAUUUUGCGGAGAACACGAACCAGAUCCGAAAACUGAAGAUGGACAGAAGGAUUAUAGGAUCCCUUGUCCGAAUGACCCAAAGCACACCUGCUAUGCGAGUAAACUUCAAAAACAUUUAUUAGUAUGUAACGCCCGUCCAAGGCCAUUACCACCAUACCUCAAACUGAAUGUCAAUGUGCCUGCUAAUGAGGAGCCUUUGAAGCAGAUAAUAUUAAACCAGGUGCCUAAAGAAACAGUGGCGCAGGUUAUUAACAAAAUCAACAAACUCUAUGAAAAGUACCUUAUGAACACUGUGGAAACUAUUGAGGAGCAGGAAAUCCACGAAACUAUAUUAGCUGACUUUCAGGAUGCGAGCCGCACGGAGAGCUCGCUGCGCCACCUGCGGCAGGCGUCGAGCUUGCUGCGCGCGGCGGAGCGGGCGAUGCUGGUGCGGCCCGACACCUGCUACGUCGAACUCGGCGCGGGGAAAGGUUCGUGCGCAAUAUCCUACAUUAUUAUUUCAUACUAG